AUGGCUGUCUUAGUUACUGGUGCUUCAGGAUUCAUUGCUUUACAUGUAAUCAACUUAUUACUAUCCCAAAACUACAAAGUUAUUGGGACAGUUAGAUCGCAAGCUAAAGCUGAUAAGGUAAUUAGACAAUUUAAUAACCCAAAUUUAUCAUUUGAAAUUAUUUCUGAUAUAACAAAAUUGGAUGCAUUCGACGAAACUUUAAAGAAGCAUGGUAAGGAAAUAGAUAACGUUAUACAUAUGGCUUCUCCACUACCUGAAGAGGGAAAUACUGACUUCGAAAACCAUUACUUGUUGCCAGCUGUCAAUGGUACCAAAAGUAUAUUAAGUGCUAUUAAAAAAUUUGCUCCAAGAAGUGUCAAACAUGUUGUGAUGACAUCUUCCAUUGCUGCAAUUAUAAAUGUUAAUGAUUUCUCUGUAGUUACUACAGAGAAGGAUUGGAAUCCAAUUACUUGGGAACAAGCAAAAACCAGCUCUUUCAUGUGUUACCUUGGUUCAAAGACAUAUUCAGAAAAGGCUGCUUGGGAUUUCCUAAAAGAAAACAAAGAUGAAGUUGAUUUUAAAUUCACUGCCGUGAAUCCAGCCAUGGUAUUUGGAAGACAAAUGUUUGACGAAGAUGUUAAAGAUACAUUAAAUGUUUCUUGUGAAUUUGUCAAUAAAAUUUUGUGCCUUCCACCUACUGAAAAACUGUCUCAAGACUAUGCGAUGAGUUACGUUCAUGUUGAUGAUGUGGCUCUAGCACAUGUUAAGGCUAUACAAGAGGACAAAUUUGACGGUAAAAGAUUGUUACUGUCUGCAGGCACAUAUAGUGAUCAACUUAUUGCUAAUUCGAUCAACAAACAGUUCCCACAAAUAAAAGGUACUAUCCCUCCUGCAGUCGAAGAUUGUAAACAAUUAGAUAUUCGUUAUGAUUCAGCAGUCACACAAAAACUAUUAGGCAUUGAGUGGAAAAGUUUCGAUGCUUCAGUUUAUGACAUUGUUCAUCAAGCUUUAAAGAGACGCGGUAAAUUGUGA